AUGCAUCGCGCAAUUCAUGUGGUUUUGAAAAUACUGUACCACCUGACAUCGAUGCCACAUCGUCACCUGAUCUUCAGGAAGUACCUUCCGCGCAACGCUACCGUUGCCAAAGCGGUAGACGGAGGCGAGCGAACUCAGGGCUCGUUUCCUGAGCUUGGCUUUGCUGAAAUCGAUGGUGCCACAGCGACGACAAGAAACCGACCGACGUGGCAAAAAGUUCCGUGCCGCGUUCAGUCACGGUUGACAGGGUUCGUUUGGAAUGACGUCUUGAACGACGUUGGCAUAAAUGGGACAGCGGCAGUGGCGGCGGCGAUUCAGUCAGUCGAAACGUAUCGAAUCAGUGCUAAGACAAGCGCAUUUCCAUACGGCUACGGCAUGGGCCUCCUGACAGCAGCAACUCUCGCGUCGGCUCUCGUGGCUCUGGUCGGAGGCAACUGCAUGUGCAAGAACGGAGGCUACUGCGCUGAGGGCCAAAGCUGCAUCUGUGCGAACGGCUGGGUCGGCCCGAAAUGUGAAAGUAAGUGCAAUUAG